AUGGUGCUAAUUAAAUAGCAUUGGUGUCGUUGCACGUUGUUAUGCGCAGUUUGUGUGCAGCAGUAAAGCUCGUGAAUACAACAGAGCUGUUGAACGCAGAGGAAAUCCACCCUAAAAUGGGUUUUCUUAUCACUGCGGUAUCUAGCAACUAUUUAGUUAUUUUAUCCACAUGUGUUUCUCUCCAAACAAGAAAUAAAAACAUCCAAGCAAAAAUAUUUUGAUUUAAAUUCAAGUUUCUAAAUCGAAACCCACACACAUCAAAGUACAUUCUAUUCAUAUUUAGGGUGUAUCAUCCUUUAAAUGCCCGCUGAGGGGAGCCACCAGAGAUCAUCAGACAGGAGACGUUCGGCCUCAUCAGCCUACAUUGACGGGCGAAAUGGACUAAUAAGCAUCACUGUCUGGGGCGAUGUUCAGCAGAUUUGUUUGCCAUGGAAACGGAAAUGACACCCAAAUUCUCCUCAAAAGACGAGGAAAUUGACUUCUGGAAGGCUCUUUCUCUCAAGUACAAAGAAAGCUGCCAGGAGGCCCGCGAGGAGCUGCUGGAGUUCCAGGAGGGGAGCCGGGAGCUGGAGGCCGAGCUGGAGGCUCAGCUGGGCCAAGCCGAGCGCCGCAUGAAGGACCUGCAGUCGGAGAACGGCCGACUCCAGAACGAGGUCGAGGCGCUGAAGGAGAGGUUUGAGCAUCAGUACACUCAGAGCUACAAGCAGAUCUCCGUGCUGGAGGACGACCUCGGGCAGACGCGCAGCAUCAAGGAGCAGCUCCACAAGUACGUGCGCGAGCUGGAGCAGUCCAACGACGACCUGGAGAGAACCAAAAGAGCCACCAUCGUGUCUCUGGAGACCUUCGAGCAGCGCUUGAACCAGGCCAUCGAGAGGAACGCCUUCCUGGAGAGCGAGCUGGACGAGAAGGAGUCCCUCCUGGAGUCCGUGCAGAGGUUAAAGGACGAAGCCAGAGACAUGCGGCAGGAGCUGGCGGUCCGGGAGCGGCAGUCGGACGGGACCAGAAUGUCGGCCCCGGGUUCUCCCACGCAGGAGAGCGAGAAGAUGGAGACGGGCGCCUCCGCCUCUCUGCCGGCCACGCCGCUGAGCCUCGGCCUGGACAACGCCUUCGCCAGCACGCCAGCUUUGUCAAACGGCAACUCCCCGCUGACUCCCUCCGCCCGAAUAUCGGCCCUCAACAUCGUCGGCGACCUCCUGAGGAAAGUCGGGGCUCUGGAGUCCAAGCUCGCCGCGUGCAGGAACCACGCCAUGGACCAGAAGGCCAGCAGGGCGUGCGGCCUCGACAACGGCAACGCGCUCAACGCCAACCACGGCGGCUACCCGCAGGCGCUGCGCGCGUCCUACUUCGACAAAGCGACUGUGAACGGACUGAAGGGCAGGACACUGACGGCCAUCACCGUCCCCCCCGCCGCCUCCUCCCCCGGCCUCGUGCCGCUCGCUGUGUGACCCGACGCGCAUCUCAAAAUAAAAAAUGAAGAAUAGCGAGUGAACCUAUUGACGUGCUGUUUAUAUCCCACGUGUCGCUGUUCUUCUUCUCUCCAGGAGCUCACCCUGAUUUGUGAAAUGUCGUCUAAAAAGGGAAAUAUUAUGCGAUUGAAACGCCCCCCCCCCCC